AUGAAGCUGGCCGAUGACGCCCAACUCGUUGCCGUUUAUAGCCGCGACCAGGCUCGGGCCGACGCCUUUGCCGAAAAGUACGGCGCCGCGGCCGCCUGCAGCGACCUCGACGCCCUCUUGGCCGACCCUCGCAUAGACGCCGUCUUCGUCGCCUCCCCAAACUACCUGCACGCCCAGCAGACGAUCCGCGCCGCCUCCGCCGGCAAGCACGUCCUCGCCGAAAAGCCUAUGGCCACCACCGUCUCCGACGCCGCCGCCAUGGUCGAUGCCUGCCGCGAUCACGGCGUCAAGCUGGGCAUGGGCUUUGAGCUCCGCUUCCACCCGGCCCACCUGUGGGCACGCCAACUCAUCGACGACCGCGCCAUCGGCCGCAUCCGCCUCGCCCACGGCCAGUGGGGACGCGGCAAUCGCGGCGAGCCCGAGCACCUGCCCCGCAGCGGCCUCCGCCAAUGGUGGGAGACCCCGGAGCUCAUCGGCGACGCCUCCGUCCUGGUGGGUCUCGGCGUCCACGUCUUCGACCUGUUUCGUUUCCUCCUCCGGGAAGAGAUCGUCGAGGUCGUAGCAAUGACCGACGGCCAGACCACCCGGCAACCCCUCGAGCACAUAGCCACCAUAGCCCUCAGAAUGGCCAGCGGCGUCAUCGCCCAGGUCAUGUGCGGCCGCAUGCUCCCUGACACCCAGAACGACCUCGCCCUCUACGGCUCCGACGGGCGCAUCGCCACCAAGGAGACCGUCUGGGAAGCCCGCCUCGGCAGCAUGGAAUUGGUCAGCGCCUCCGCCAACGAGAUUGCAUCCUACGAGUACAACUACCUAGCAAACUUCGUCGCCGAGCUGAACGACUUCCGCGACGCCCUGGAGCACGACCGCGAUCCCGCCGCCACCGGCGACGACGGCCUCCACGCUGCCCAGAUCACCGACGCCGCCAUCGAAUCGGCCAAGACUGGACGGAUGGUAAAGCUGGAAACGAAAAUCCACCGCCAUUGA